CAAUAGGAAAGGCUUGUUAAACCCACAAACAGCACUGAGCGCGGCUCCAUAUUGGAUCAGACUUCUUCUGAGAAAUACAUUGCUUGGGCAGGCUACCUGCUUAUAUUAUCUAAUACACCGACAAAAAGCUCAUGUACGUCUAGGCAUGAGGACUAGCAGCAGGCAAAUACCACGGGCACGAACAAACCUUCCCCAGGACCCUGCUUCUCUCAGCGGCGUCAUUGCCUCUGCGAACGCUGUUAUUAACAGGGCUUAGAAAUUAGGUUAACCACGCACCUGAGGAGCGGCUGGAAAGUGGCAUGCAGAGUGAGGAAGAAACACUUGGACUGAGAUAACGUUGGCAUAAUGUUUACACUCACCGAGGUUGCAUCCCUGAACGACAUCCAGCCGACGUAUCGCAUCUUAAAGCCAUGGUGGGACGUCUUCAUGGACUACCUGGGCCUGGUCAUGCUCAUGUUGGCCAUAUUUGCAAUGACCAUGCAAAUCACCAAGGACCAUGUCGCUUGCCUUCCUUGUCCUGAAGAAACAGAAGCUAAUCUGUACCCCACCCAAAAAGGAUCCUCUCCAACACCCACUGGAGCCCCUGUUACACCUACAAUCCCUUCAGGUACUACGGCGCAGUCCAACAAAGCCAUCACUGGUAUUCUCACGACACAUCAGCCUGGAACAGCAGAACAGAAAACAGAUCCCCAACCUGAACCGAGAGGGGUUAAAACCAACCUGGACUUUCAACAAUAUGUCUUUAUCAACCAAAUGUGUUACCAUGAUGCCUUACCGUGGUCUUCCAAAUACUUUCCAUACCUUACACUUAUUCACACCCUUAUUCUCAUGGUCAGUAGCAAUUUCUGGUUUAAAUACCCAAAGACAAGUUCAAAGAUUGAGCAUUUUGUCUCCAUUCUGGGUCGUUGUUUUGAGUCGCCUUGGACAACGAAGGCUUUGUCUGAAACGGCGUGUGAGGACUCUGAGGAGAACAAACAGAGGUUGACAGGCAGUUCCUCAGGACCAAAGCAGGUGUCUUUAGAGGGGAAGGAUGAAAGUCCCGACACCAAUCCAUCCACACCAAUGCUUGGGGUCAAGGUCUCUGCAGAUAAACCCAUUGCAGAGGUCCCAAGCAGCAUGACCAUCCUGGAUAAAAAGGAUGGAGAGCAGGCCAAAGCCCUGUUUGAGAAGGUGCGAAAGUUCCGAGCCCAUGUGGAAGACAGUGAUUUCAUUUACAGGCUCUAUGUUGCUCAAACCUCUGUCAAAACUGUUAAGUUUAUUUUGAUCCUGUCCUACACUUCCACCUUGGUUAGAAUAGAAUUCAAGCAUUAUUGUGAACCAGACAUAGAACAGCUAACAGGCUAUAAAAAAUUCUACUGUACACACAACAUGGCUUUCAUGCUGCACAAGUUGCUCUUUACAUACAUAGUGUUGAUCGUAAUCUAUGGAAUGACAUGCCUAUACUCCCUGUUCUGGGUGUUCCGACGCCCUCUGAAAGAGUAUUCCUUCGAGAAGGUGAGGGAAGAGAGCAGCUUCAGUGACAUUCCGGAUGUCAAGAACGACUUUGCGUUUCUACUGCACAUGGUCGACCAGUAUGAUCAGCUUUACUCCAAGCGCUUUGGCAUCUUCCUGUCAGAGGUCAGCGAAAACAAGUUGAGGGAGAUCAGCCUCAAUCACGAGUGGACGUUUGAAAAACUAAAGCAGCAUGUCACGCGCAAUGCACACGACCAACAGGAGCUGCACCUCUUCAUGCUGUCUGGCCUGCCGAACGCUGUGUUUGACCUUACAGACCUGGAAGUGCUGAAGCUGGAGCUGAUUCCCGAGGUGAGAUUUUCCGCCAAGGUUUCCCAGAUGACUAGCAUGCAGGAGCUGCAUCUGUGCCACUGUCCGGCCAAAGUGGAGCAAACCGGUUUUGCCUUCCUACGGGAUCACCUGCGCCGCCUGCACGUCAAGUUCACGGACGUCGCCGAGAUCCCGCCUUGGGUCUACUUGCUGCGGAGUCUGAGAGAGCUGUACCUUAUGGGGAACUUGAACUCGGAAAACAACAAAAUGAUCGGCCUGGAGUCCAUGAGGGAUUUGAGGCAUCUGAAGACGCUAUGCCUGAAGAGCAAUCUCACGAAGAUGCCGACGAACAUCACAGAGCUCUCCCCGCAUCUCCUCCGACUAAUGGUGCACAACGAUGGGACAAAACUGCUGGUGCUGAACAGUCUGAAGAAAAUGACGAGCCUCAUUGAGCUAGAGCUGCACAAUUGUGAACUGGAAAGGAUCCCUCAUGCCAUCUUUAGUCUGACCAAUCUGCAGGAACUUGACUUGAAGUCCAACAACAUCAGAACUAUAGAAGAGAUAAUCAGCUUCCAGCAUCUCAGGAGGUUGACGUGCCUAAAGCUCUGGCACAACAAAAUCAUCACCAUCCCAGCAUCCAUUGGUCACGUCAAGUCCCUGGAAUCUCUCCACCUUUCUCACAAUAAACUGGAGUCCCUUCCUUCAGCCUUGUUUACUCUUCCCAAGCUGCGACACUUGGAUGUGGCCCACAACUCCAUCACAGUGCUUCCACCUGAUGUGGGCCUCCUCAACAACCUCCAGCAUCUGGCUAUUAACUCGAACAAGGUGGAAGCCCUGCCCAAACCUCUCUUCAGAUGCACCAAGCUGAAGGUGCUUUGUCUAGGCCACAACGCGCUCACCAGUCUGCCAGAGACCGUGGGUCAACUGGUGCAGCUCACGCAGCUGGAGCUUAGAGGGAACUGCCUGGACAGACUGCCUAUCCAGUUGGGAAGCUGCCGGCUGCUGCGGAAGAAUGGCCUCAUCGUGGAGGACCAUCUUUUUGACACCCUGCCGGUGGAAGUUAAAGAGAGCAUCAGCAGAGAAACAAAUGUUUCCUUUAGUGGCUUAUAAAACAAGAUCCAUCUGAAAGACACAACUACAUUUCUGGAAAUGUUUCCAGAAAUGGAGAAACAAGUUUAUUAUUUACAAAAAUUAAUUUACUUGAUCAUUUCAGAGGAUAAAAUCGGUUGCUAACAUUAACGUUAGGGGUGCACCGAUAAAUCAGCCCUAAUUUCCUUAAUUUUGGGAGAUCGGUGAUUCUCUGACACUUGCAUGUGAAGUCGAUCUCAUCUACCUCGGCAAAGGUCUAGAAAUCAACCACCGUCCUCUUGAGAGAUUUGACUGACAGACUGGCCCACCAGGCAGUUAAUAGUCAUCUCUCUGUUGCCAACUCGGCAACUUUAUUUCUAUAUAUUUAGCAACAUAUGAGACGCAUAAAUCAGUAUCGGCCAAUAUCGGCAUCAGCAAGUUAAGCUUUUUAAAGAUCGGUAAUGGGCAAUCAACCUAAAAGCUGCAAUCGGUGCACCCCUGAUUAAUAUAGCUUCAAAGAGGCAUUUUUGUUGGCAAGUGUAGUGACAAGCAUUCUUAAAGUUUUAAAAUUUUUUUUUUUUUUUUUUUGUUCAAUUUAUAUUAAGAUCUUAUGUGGUUGACCAACACAGAGUAAUGUAUGAGUAUUUAGUAAAAGAUAAAGGAGACUGAAUUUUUUGUAAACAUUUGCAAUUUACAUGACAAAUAGUCAUGGAGCUUUCUAUUAGGGAUGCACCAUAUAUUGGCUUUAACUGGGCCGAUAUCAGAUUAAAUACAGAGCAUGAACAUCAUUGUCAAGUCCUGACACAAUAUGCUUAAGGUCAUUGUUUUGCUGCCCCAGGAUCAAGUAUUUUCCAUUUCCAACAGAAUUUCCUCUGGAUUAAUUACCAACAAUAAAACAAACUUGGGACUCCUUGCUUUUCCUGUCAGUUUUGGUUGAAAUCCAUGUCUAGAUAGGUUUGCAAUUGUGCCAUGCUCUUUUCCAAAUGAAGAAUUGACUGAAGCUCUGCGAGAUGUUAAAAGUUUGGGAUCCUGACGUAGAAACUGUUUAAAUUUGUCAUCGUCCUCCCUGACCAGUCUGCUGUGUUCCUUGGUCUCCAGGAUACUGUUUAUUCGCUAGUAAACCUCAGAGGUCUUCACAGAACACCUGCAUUUAUGCUUGAAUAAAAUUACAGGUAGACUUUGUUAAUUAGGUGGCAUCAGAAAGCAGGUGGUUGCAUUAGACAUUAUUUAGGGGUAUCAAAGUAAAGGGAGCUGAAUACAAACGCAUGUCAUCCUUUUCAGAUUUUUAAUGAAAGAUUGUGAAAAUCAUGGACUGUUUUGUAUCAUCAUGCAUGUACUAUAGUUUAGGAAGAGGAGCUAUGGAUGUUAAAAUUUGAAAAGUUUAAGUGGUGAGAAUUUAUUGCAGUAUUUUUAAUUGGAGUAGAUUUAAUAGUGCUAAUGUUUUCUCUGCAUACAGCUGGAACCGUACAAAUGUAAAUACUGCACCUAAAAUUAAAACUUGUCCCAUCAGGUUACUUCAGUACACCGGCUAGUGAUUUUACUGCUGAACAGUGAUCAGAACUUCUUCUAUUUUUUUUGUUACUUCUAUCUAUUAAAGCUCCCGUGGAACCAAGAGUAGAACAAAUGAAAGUAAAACCAUUUCUCUCCAUGAAUGGAUACCAAGUGUUAGCUUUUUAUUAGGGAUGCACCAUAUAUUGGCAUUACCUGGGCCAAUAUCAGGAACUGAUGUUUUUCCUUGUUGCCGUUUGUGUGUGUGUUUCUUGAGGGGAAGAUUGGCCAUGUGAUGUUCGGUCAUGACAAAAGGGCAGGGAAAUAUAUUGGGUAAAUGUUGGUUAUCGGCCAUAAUGACAAGAUGAUUUCUACAUCAAUAUCCAUCUAAGUCCAAAUUUUCAUAUCUGUGCAUCUCUCUUUUUUUAUGGUUUCCAACGGCUAGAUUUUAUUGCUAGAAGUUAAUUAUUUUGAUGAUAAAAAAAAAAUCUCUGAUAAACAUUUCCCUAUCGUGUUUCAUUGUAAUGCACUAUCUGUUGGUCCAUCACAUAAAAUCCUAAUGGAAUACACUGAAUCUGGUGGUAAAGUGACAGAAUGUAAAGCGGUUCCAAAGGUGGAAAUGGUUUUGCAAGAUACUCAUUUCAUUUUUUUUGUUCAUAGCUUUAAGUCAUUGGAAAAAACCACAAAUGUAACUUUGUUUUUCUAUUUUAACCAAAACCAUUUGCUCCAGUGAUUAAAUGUAGAUUUGUUUUAAUAGUCUUUGUAGAUACUCAGGUAUAAUUGUAACCAUGGGGAAUAAUCUUUUUUUUUUUUUUUUUUGCCUUAACUGCUGCUAUAUUUGUUUCUCCACAGCAAAAGACCAAAAAUGAAAUGGAAUGCUUUCUUGUCUGUCUGCUUUGGCAGAACAUUUUUAUUUUAAAAUCUCUUCUAGAAGUGAAAGGAAAAAAAAUAGAAUAAAAAAUCUCAGCCCUCCUGUCUUGGUGGUUUUUAACUGGUUUCUCAUAUUUUCUUCAUGCGCAUUUCUGUAGCAGACUGAAUGACCUUAGAGUUGUAAAACUCGGCACCAGAAAAAUACCUUUACCUCACUGUUGUAGAGAUUGUACACUAAGGCCUCUGUGGUUUGUACCUAAAAGGUUUAUGAUGUAAUAAAAAAAAAUAUGAAUGUCGCUUACUGAUGACUGUGUGUAGACUGAGAGCUGAUAAAAGGGAAACUUGUUGGCUCUAACUUUUUAAAUCGUGUUUAAAUAUUUUAGCCUGUGAUUGAGAAUGAUCAUUAGCUCAGUCACUGAUGAUGAUGUCUGCCUUCAUUCUUUAAGUGUACCUCUUUGUAACCCUUUAAGUGUUCUUCAGAGCUCAUGUAUCAUGCUAGUCAUCUCAUGCUGCAGUUUUAUUUGGCAAUAAAAAGAAAAUCUACAUCA